UAUGUGUCUUAGGGAUCCAAUCCUUACUUAAAUUAUACCUUUUGAAACUCAAUAAUGUUGGGAGAAUUAUUGUCCAGCAAAGUUUUCCACUGUGCAUCUUUUAAUUUUACUAUUUGAUUUAAAGUAGCUUUGAAAUUUCAACUCAUAGAAUCAAACUCUCAUCUUUGUUUGUUUGUAUUGUCAUAUUACAAGAUAACGCAGUGUAUCCACCACUCAUUCUUGCUGCUCUUCUGCUCCCUUACUAUUCAACUGCUCAGCUUGACUUCCUGUUCCGUUUGCUCCUUUUCUUCUCCCCUCUUAUUCUUUAAUUGCAUUUUAAGUUGUUCUACUGCAUCUUGUUACACAAUUACAGGAAAAAAAAUUAGAAGCAAGUAAGAAUCAUGGUUGGUUUAUCUGACAUUCCAUUCGUGGGGAAACUUGUGGACAGAAUAUCUGAUGCUGCAGUUGACACCAUCUUCCGUGGAUUCCGUUACAUGUUCUGUUACAAGGAUCUUGUCAAGACUCUCGACUCCCAAGUCGAAAAAGCUAACACUGAGGAGGAAAGGGUGUCCACAAAAGUUGCUGCAGAAAGAGCUAAUGGUAAAAUUAUGGAGGAUCGUGUAUUCAAGUGGCAGAAAGAGGCUGAAGAAAUCAAGGAGAGUGCCCAAGAGUUUGCAGAAAGAUACAAAAACAGACAUUCAUGGAGGUUCAUUCAGUGUCUGCCUAUUCCUAACCCUGUCUCUCGGUUUCGACUCGGCAGAGAGGCGGUGAAGAAGACAGAGAGGCUGACUGAGCUCAUUAAUUCGGGAAAGGAGCUCUUGGCUGAUGAAAUUGCACAUCCUGCGCCAAAUGAAAAUUUACCAAAAAGUACUACAGAGUUCCAGGAUUUUCAAUCCAGGAAAGAUGCUUAUGCGGAGCUAUGGCAAGCGUUGACCACAGAUAGCUCUCUGAUCCUUGGUAUAUAUGGAAUGCCCGGAGUAGGGAAAACCAGGAUGAUGGAACAACUAUGGAAAGAAGCCAAGGAGAAGAAGAUCUUUAACAAGGUCACGAGAGGGAACGUGGGUAAUGAAAUUCUGGAUGUGAUACAGCUACAGGAACAGAUUGCUGGGCAUCUUGGUUGCACCUUUGAUUCGAAAGAUAAUGCGGAAAGCAGAGCCUCUCAGCUGAAGCAAUGUUUAUUGAAUGCAGGCAAGACACUCGUCAUACUCGACGAUGUAUGGAAGGAAAUUCCUCUGGAUGUUAUUGGAAUUCCAUGUGGUGAUGGAAAGAGUCCUAUGGGUUCCAAGAUUCUCUUGACAUCUCGGGAGAAAGAUGCAUGCUUGCAUAACAAUUGCAAGACUCCUGUAAAGAUCAAACCCCUGUCAAAUGAUGAAGCGUGGGAUCAGUUUAGCGCAGUGGUCGGUACUGCUCGAUUUAAUUCUUUGCAGGAAGAAUCUCUGGCAAAAAAUGUGUGUAAAAAAUGCAAGGGUUUACCACUCCUAAUUCAUGCAGUCGGUAAAGCCUUGAAAUUCAAAUCUCUCAGUUCAUGGGAGGAUGCACUUGAACAACUUGAGAAGGGUAGCUUUGAAAAGAUUUCUGGAAUAGAUCGAGAAGUAUAUUUUUGUGUAAAAUUGAGUAUCGAUCAAUUGCCAGACGAUGCAAAGUCAUGUCUCUUUUUGUGCUGCUUGUUCAACGAAGAUGCUGACAUCCCGAUCUCGAAGCUUAUCCGGUUGGCAACCGGGUCACAGCUUGUAUCUGGGGAAUCUAGGGUACUAUCAAUGGUUGAUACUCUCAGAUCAUCUUCUUUGUUGCUCGAUUGUAAAAAAGAUGAUAGGAUCAAACUUCAUGACCUCAUCAGAGCUGUAGGGAGAUCUAUAGCGUUCAAAGAUCCAAAAUUUGCAUUUUCACAGGUAAAAUGUGACGUGCAGUUGCUUGAUGUUGCUGAUGUUGAGACUACCAAAUAUUUACGUCUAGAUCUGGAUGGUAAUAAUAUUCAUAUCCCUGAUGAUCUUGUAUUCCCAAAUCUGCAUAGCUUGUGGAUACUAUGCAAAAAUGAUAUAGAUUUUUCAGCCUUUGCACUCGAGGGCAGAUUUUUCAGCAUGUCUUCGAAUCUGAGAUUUUUAUAUGUUGAAGGUGGUCUCAGUUAUCCUCCAAAGCUUCCGUUCACUACUCUUCAAUCCUUGGGUAAACUAAGGACGUUGGUUUUAGAUUGUUGUGACCUGAGUCAGGUGACUCACAUUAACAACAAAAAUGUUGGCUUUUUUCCUGAAAACCUACAAACUCUUUGCAUUUUGUAUGGUAUUUUUCUAGAUCCUCUGGAUUUAUCAAAGCUGAAAUACCUUCAAAAGCUAGAAAUUACGGGGGAAGGAUUGAGAAUCAUGCCAAAUACCAUUUCCAGCCUAUCCAGACUUGAAGAAUUGCAUAUACCCCAUGGCUUUGAGAUUUGGCGUGAUGAUAGCUCUGCUGUUGCUAAACCCAUUUUGGCCGAGAUUAAUAAUCUAACCCACUUGAAAAGUUUGCAGAUACAAUUUAAAAUAUCUGAACCUCUUCAAAAUUCAAAUAUUUUUCAUAAGCUAAAAUUAUUUAAUAUAAGUGUACGUCAGCGUUGGUUAGGUUUUGAAAAUGCAGAUCUGUCUUACAAGACAUCGGUUGAAUUGGAAGACUAUCAUGAAGAAAGCUUGAAUAGUCUGAUAAAGAAGGCUGAAUAUGUGAGUUUGAAGCGCACUGAUAUUAAUGUGAUCAGUAAUAUCUUCGAUAGCAACCGGGAAGCAUUCACAGAAUUGAGAAAGCUUUACAUCGAAGAAUGUAACAAAAUGGAGUAUCUAGCAAGGAUGUCACAGGGUGAGAUUCAGCAUAGCCAGCAGACAUCUUUUUCUAAUCUAACCUGUUUAGAAAUUAAAAAAUGCUCCGGUUUAAGAUACCUCUUCUGCAACUCUGUUGCAAAAUGUCUCACCCAGCUGCAAAAGUUGAUAAUAAGAAAUUGCCCUGCGAUGGAAGCAAUAGUAAUGAAUGAUGGCUCAAGCAAGGGAGAUAUCAUACACUUUCCCAAUUUAGAAGAAUUGGAGCUAAGCAAAGUGCCGAGACUCAGCAGCUUCUGCAGUGAAAAUAAAGACGCCAUGAUGCAGCCCUCUGCUCAGUUUCAACCUCUAUUCCAUAAUAUGGUUGAAUUCCCUUCAUUGAAAGAUUUGAAAAUCAAAAAUGUAAAAGAUACAAGUGAUAUUUAGGAGAGGGAUUACAACUGCGAAUCCUCUUUUUGCAAACUAACAAGCAUCUCAGUACAAGGCUUUAGUAGAUCGGAAACAAUAAUUCCAGUUGUCAUGUUGCAUAAGCUAUCGAAUCUGCAAUUCUUAAGAAUAAGUGAUUGUAGUUCAUUGAUCUCCGGAGUGGGCACAGAUGCAAGCAACAUCGAUGUAUGCGGCUUGCCAGCUUUAAGACAUUUGUAUCUGAAUGAAUUGCCUUGUUUAGCGGAGACAGGGUUGAAGUCAGGGAACCUGUAUCCAAAUCUCAAAAAACUAGAAAUAAACGAUUGUCAUAGCCUUACAAACGUGGUUCCCAGAGAUGUUAUGCACCUUGAGGAAAUUAUUGUAAGAAAAUGCAAGAAGAUGAAAAGGAUCGUGGGGGAAGCUAAACAAGGAGAAAUCAAUGAUGCCCUAGUCUUUCCAGAAUUGACGUGUUUACGGUUAGAGCUUUUGCCAAACUUGACCAGCUUUUGUGGUGAGGAAAUUGAUACCUGCAAGGUUGAAUUUCCAAAUGUAGUGAAACUUGGAAUUCGCAGUUGCAAGGAAAUUAAGCUGGAAUUGAUAGAGUUCAGCAGCCAACUAAAGAGGUUGUAUAUAAGUUGUGAUGAGGAGAUGCAACUUCCGUCUACAUGGCAACCUCGAUUACAUAAUCUGGAAACACUCUUUUUGAGUGGGUGUUGGUCGCAUGAGCUCAAAUCUUUACAGUUCCCAGUGCUGAAGGUGCUUAAAGUUCGCAGAUACUCUGGAGGCGCUGCUCUUUUCACAUUCUCAGGCUUUAGAAGUCUACAACAACUCCGACAACUAGAAAUUUCAGAUUGUGCUUUCUUGGAAGAAAUUACUGAGGAUGACAAAAUAUCUGGCAUCAAUAAGAAGACUAUCACGCUCUUGAUGAUAACUGUGAAUUCUCUACUCUCUUCACGUGCUCUGUUUUCAGGAAUCUCCCAAAACUCCAUUCUUUGAGGUUGGCAUGUUUGAUCCGUGUUUUCAUGUCUUCUUGUUCCAGCCAAGCUUCAUUUCAGGAAGAUAAGUAUCAGUCGGUUGGUCAAAACCUUGCCAUACAAAAUUCUUUUCACUAAAUGCAUCUUUGUACAGCACGAAAUUAACAUCAAGAAAUCAAUUGUUUAAGAA